CUGAACCACCAAGUUGCUCGCUUGCGCCAACAACGCAGCGAGUCCGAACAGCGAUUGGCAGGAUUUGAGCGACAGCUGCAAGGUAUACGGGAUUACGCCCAACAGCGACGAACGAAAAAGACGAAGCGAGAAAAGCAAUACAACCAUUUUUAUUUCGUGCCUGUCUUAUCGAACCAGUACCACAAAAAAUAUGUGCGAGCACAUGACAAGAAUGCAUUGGCCGAGGAGCAGGUUGUCCAAAUCCGAGAACAGAUUGAAGCCUGCCAAGAAGCUGUGCGUCAAGCAGCGCACCAGCUUGGGCGGAAGCAGCAAGAGCAUGAUGCGCAAAUGGAGCAACGGCAUGCUGUCCAUGGCCAAGUGGCUGAAGCAGACCAGUGUCUAAAUUAUUUACAUCAGGGCCAGCAAUUCUGGGACCAUUUCGAGCAGUAUCAGGCUGCCGUUGUACUCGAGUCGUGUGAUCGACUCAUUGAACGUUUUCGGAGCAACAGCGGUGAUCAGAUUCAACAGCCUUUGUUAUUUUCGCGUCGCCGGUCUUCUUCUUCUACUGCUGCAUCACCACACCGAGAAGAAGAGCGUGAUUGGACAGUCAUUUUUAGGACGGUGUGUAAAGAAUAUGGAGAACGCGAAGCGUUUGGUGCCGAGAAAUGGGACCAUGUCGAGGUCGAUUUUGACUGUGCCCGAUGCAAGCAAUCCCUCGUCGGAUGGCCCACACCAGAUAAAGUGCACACAUCUGACCUAUUGUGUGCAGUGUGCUACCAGGAAACGAGGACCAGCAUGAUUAUGGAGAAGAAAAUGAAC